AUGUAAUUAUUUGUAUAUUCAACAAUCAACCAAAAUCAGAUCAACAACAACGACAACAAUUAACCAAACAAUUUGUUUCUAAAGUAAAUCAUCAAAGUGAAAAUCGUUGAACGAACAAAACAAAAAAUCAUCUCGUUAAUUGUGACCACUAAUCAACAACUAUAACUACAAUAAUGUCCUCAUAUUUCACUCUAUUAGUUACAUUGGCUUUGAUCAUGGUAAUCAACGUAAUCUCAGCUAAUCCAACAACAACCUCAUCACCAUCAUCAGUUAAUAAUGAUCGUGAACUGACUCGUAAAUUAAUCCUGGAUGAUUUAAAUGAGAUGGAAAAGUUAAUCAACAAAUUGGAUCAAAUUAAAUCAACUGAAAGACAGGAAACUAAUCCAAUUGAUACAGUUCAAGAUAUGAUUAGCGACACAACUAACGGGAUUAGGAAGGCCGCUUAUCGACUUCGAUAUCAAGUGUUCAGUAUGUUCCAACGAUCACCAAUCUGUAAUCCAUUGAAAUCAAACUAAUCAUCUCUAAAUUGUUCAAUCAAUUAAUCAUCACAAUUAACUUAUUAUUAUUAUUAACCGUUAAUCAUUAAAAUCCAAAUUGAUCAAUCCCAACAAAA